CACUCAUCAGCAACCCUCGUCCUUCAAGACUUGGACGGUGUUGAUUCCAUUUCCGAACGAAUCGUCGUCCUCUCCGAGCCCAAUUGGUCCGUCAAGAUUGGUCGUGGUACAAUGAGUGGAGAUGGAGGCCUGUGUCCCGCAAAAGAUAAUGCCUGGUUUGAUUCAAGAGUUAUGUCCAGGAGCCACGCUAUCGUUCGGGCAGAACCUCAUACAAGACUCUUCACCAUCGAGGACAUUAAUUCCAUGCACGGCACUCAGUGCAACGGUAAAAGACUGAAAACCGAGGCCCCUCAACUGCUUGUCAAUCAGGACACUCUAGUCUUUGGUGCUGAUGUCACCCGAGGAAGUUGUACGUAUCCCCUUCCGCUCUGGAUUCCAUGCCUAUUGUAUGCUAACUUUGGUUCAGCCCAGUUUCGUGCUCUCAAAGUCAUGCCCCCCUUGCAGCCUCCCUCAUUUCGCAACACCUUCUCUGCCGAUUAUAGUGAGGAAGACAUGUCAAGCUCUUAUUACCCCCUUGAUAACUGGGCAGCCUAUGCUGAAGACGAGCGUUCUGAUGGCGAUGGUGACGAUGACGAAGUGGAGAUCGUGAAGGAAUCCGUCCGUUUCCCCAGUGUUGAGGUUGUCAUCCAGCGACGAGAUGAGAGCGUCAUCGUCUCUGAAGACUCCGAUCGUGCUUCCAGCUACUUCUCUGAGGGUGAGGUCGACGAGAGCCCCACUUCAAGCCCUCUUGGUCUUAACGAUGACCGCGGCGACAACUCAUGCCAUGACUCUUCCGCCAAAGUACUCCAUGAUCGUGAAAAUGAUGGUCAGGAAGAACUGGCUGGUGACUUUCCCAGCCCUGAUCCGGCGCAGUAUGUGAUUCAAGCCGAAGCAGUCGGCAUGAGAUCGCAUUCGGAUUCACUUAUCCCAGCAUCCUCCCUCGGGUCUACGUAUGAUUCCGGUUCUUCGUCCAUAAACAAGCCACUCGCUCAGCUUCACCCGUCAGAUGCUGCACGAGCUCCAAGUCCCUCUGAGGUGGCCAUGGUAAAACCGACACCCGAGGUUAUCAUUCAGCAACCAUUCCUUCAACAGGCUCCCACAUAUCGUGAUGUGCCAUCAUAUCUUCCGGACCUGCCUGGUCGCGAUUCUACGUGGGACGGCCCAAGUUGGGAUUUGCUUGCUCCCCGUUUUGUUGUCUCUGGAGAUUCAUGCUUUAGAGAAUUCAGAGAUGCAGUUGACGCUCACUGCAUGACGCAUCCUACAUCUCAAGGGCCCCCUUUCACUUCUCUACCAACCUUGGCAGCGCAAUAUCCUUAUGCUCCACCAGCCCAGGCUCCUGAUGCUGAUCCAACACCGAAGUGUUCGAUCGCACAGCUUCUUGACGAAACAAAGACGAACAAUGAGCAAGAGAGAUCUAUCAAGAAGUCUCUGAAGCGCAGAGUUGAUGAGAUCUCUGAUAAUCCGGAAGAGAAUCAAUAUUUCGGAACUCAUGAUUUGACCGUUCAUAACAAGGACUUAGAACCAGAGCCAGUGGUGGAGAGCUCACAACCCCUGUGUCUUCCAGCAGAACACAAGUCGAACGUCACAUCAAUCCCUCACUUGGAGACCAAAGCACAGUCGGCUGGAGAGAUGGUCUCAGAAGCGAUUGAAACACCACCGCGUAAGAAGGCCAAGAAGGAUCGGAGGCGAGUCAAUGAUGGUGGCAGUUUCAUGAAAAUGGCUGCAGCUACCAUUGCCGGUGUCGCAAUUGGAACUGUUGGCACAAUUGUCGGUCUCGCUUCGUUGCCUCAAGACUAUUUCGUCUGA